UUCCUGCUUGUCGCCGAGUGAUGACGUAACGAUCGCUGCCCCUGUGGUUAGGGGGAGAUCCUCAGCUCCCCGGGAUGUCGGCGCUGUGUGCAGGCAGGAGGCUGUGCUCUGCAGCGCUCUGGUGUCGGUCGCCCCCUGCCGGCCGCGCGAGAAACCUGACGACACCAAGAGUCCAGGGGCAGUUGCAACAUUGUAUCAAUUGCUACUCUGCUUCACAGGAAGGUCAAGGAGGCGGGGGGCCGCCUGAAGCCCCCCAUUCUACAGGUGCCCUAAGGACAUGGAGGAGGAGGUGGUCCCUGUCCCCCUUGGACAGAGUGAGUCGCAUGAUCUCUCCUGAGUUUAUCUCACAGGAGAUCAGAGAUCUGCAAACUCCAGAGGAGCUCAGACCCCCAUCAUCCUCCCAAGAUCAAGCAGAGGAGCUCAGACCCCGAUCAUCCUCCCAAGAUCAAGCAGAGAAGCUCAGACCCCCAUCAUCCUCCCAAGAUCACGCAGAGCAGCUCAGACCCCCAUCAUCCUCCCAAGAUCAAGCAGAGCAGCUCAGACCCCCAUCAUCCCCCCAAGACCAUGCUGAGGAGCUCAGACCCCCAUCAUCCUCCCAAGACCAUGGAGAGCAGCUCAGACCCCCAUCAUCCUCCCAAGACCACGCUGAGGAGCUCAGACCCCCAUCAUCCUUCCAAGACCACUCUGAGCAGCUCAGACCCCCAUCAUCGUUCCAAGACCACAAACAGCAGCUUAGACCCCCGUCAUCCUCCCAAGAGAGUGGACAUCAUGGCAGCCCUGAGCAGGACCAACCUCCAGAACCUUCGCCAUCCCUCCCAAAGUACAAUGCCGCCCCAUAUAGCCCCCCAAUAUCCUCACCUCCCCAAGACCUUGCACCUUCAGGGGGUGUCCCUCUCCAGCCUGGAGAUCUUCUCAUGGCAGAGUUCAAGAGAAGACAUUACUCAAUGUUCAGGAAGAUGUUCGUCCUGAAAAACUCCGGCAAACUGGUCAGCAACUGGGGGGCCAUCGAUUACCAGGACUUGUUGGGCAAACUGCCCGGGGAGAAGAUCACGACCUCCACCGGGCACCAGUUCCUCCUGAGAAGACCCUCGCUGGAUGAAUACGUCAUAUACAUGAAGAGGGGGCCCACCAUCUCCUAUCCAAAGGACAUUGCCUCCAUGUUGAUGAUGAUGGAUGUGAAUCCCGGGGAUGUGAUACUAGAAGCAGGAUCAGGCUCUGGAGCGCUGAGUCUCUUCUUGUCACGUGCUGUGGGGCCAGAGGGUUGUGUCCACAGCAUUGAAGUGCGUCCUGACCAUCAUCAUGUAUCAAAGAGGAACUUCUUAAAAUGGAAGACCGCCUGGGAAAUUCGAAGCGAACGAAGUUGGCCAGAUAAUGUGAAUUUCAUCAACAAGGACGUCCUGGACGCUAUGUCAGAACUCCGGGCUGUAGGAUUCGAUGCAAUGGCCUUGGAUAUGUUGAACCCACAAGUUGCAUUGCCAGUGAUAGUGGGGAAUCUGAAGCAGGGUGCUGUGUGUGCUGUGUACAUAGCUAAUAUCACGCAGGUGAUCGAUCUUCUUGAGGGCAUUCGUUCUUGUGAACUUCCCCUAUUAUGUGAAAAGGUUAUGGAGGUCAGCGUCAAGGACUGGCUGGUCACCCCCUCUGUACGUAAGGACGGCAGAAUCUCCAAAAGGGUGGAACCCCAGUGGAAUCUGUCUUCUGAAACCCAAACUCAAGAGCAAACAGAUGACGAUGAAGUUGAGGAAAGUCAGACAGACGAUGACGAUUUCGCCAUCGGAUCCCAGCCUUUUGGGAAAGUGCCUUAUAUAGCACGGCCAAUGCCUUGGCAGGUAGGACAUACAGCUUUUCUAGUGCAGUUGAGGAAAUUCAGAGCCACAUCAAAACAGAUGACACCGGGGGACAGCAGCUGAGGCCAAGGACUGCACAGAGUAUCAUCUCUCUAUGCUUAUGUGAUGUUACACAUACAAAAUUAUGUAAAAUAUUUUUUCUAGAACGUUCAACUUCUUGGAAUAAAACUGUUGUAAAUGUUUGAGGCACCUGCUUCCAAAUUCAGAGGUAGCGACGUUACUCCUCGCUGCUCGAGAACCACUCCAUGGACUUGUCUUGGUGACAAAUGCAUCUCCUUGUCCUGCCGUUUGCUUGGUUAUCUGAAGAAGGAAGGAGUAGAAAACUGUUUUUCCUAUUUUACAUGUGCAUUUUGAGUGGAGAUUAUAAAGUUAUUUUAUUUUUACAACACUGUAGACAUGAAUAGUUGUAUUAGAUUAAGAUAUGAAAAUACUGUAUCAAAAAGCUGUGGAAGGAAAGAAAUCAUUUUGGUUUCCAUGAGUUGUGGAAAGAUCACGGCUUCUAUAUUACGUUUUUACGCUCCUGCCAUGGAUCUUGUGGGUUGCAUUUACAUUUUCAUCACAGGACUGCAAGAAGUUAUAAUGUGCUUUGCAAAACACACCUAACAUUCCGCACUGUGUCUGUCCUGGGCGUUAGAUGACCACACUGCUUGUUACAAGUACAGUAGUGACGUUAUCGGGGUUGGGUCUUGUAACGAGCCUUGUAGCUGGGUGGUUAUUACAAGCACAGAUUUUUAUUCACUAGAAUUAGAAAAUAAACUUUCCUGUUGAUUGAUUGAACAGCAAGCAGAGAUCUUGAAAACGGAGGAAUU